UAGCAAUGGCAACUUUAGCCUUUACAAAUGGGCUUUGUUACAGCAACUGUCACACUGAGUUUAAUCUCACUUUUUAUCCUGCUGGAAACCGUGCCUUGAACAAUCAUAUACUUGUAGUGAAGACUGUAUCUUCUGCUGUGAUCUGUGGGCGAGACUGCUCUAUGGACCCACAGUGUGCAUCAUUCAACUAUGAUGCAAGCAGCCAUCUUUGUGACCUCAAUGAUGCCACACGAUCUGACAGCCCUUAUGACUUUGUCAACAAGCAGGGAAGUGUCUACUUUGAUGGAAACAGUGAAACAUCUUUGUUUUCAAUACCCAACCAUGAAACAUACACAAGUUGCCAAAUGCUUCUAAAUGCUGGUUACAGCGACAACGGCAUCUACACCAUCUAUCCUUCUGGCAUGGCUGAGGGCUUACAGGUCUACUGUGACAUGGAGACCGAUGGAGGAGGCUGGAUUAUUUUUCAGCGACGUCAAGAUGGCUCUGUUAACUUCUUCCUUAACUGGGCUUACUACCAAGCGGGUUUUGGAUAUCUUUCUGGUGAGUUCUGGCUGGGCAAUGAAGCUCUACACAUCCUGACUGAGACUGGACAAUGGCAGCUGAGAGUAGACCUUGGAGAUUGGGAGGGCAACACAGCUUGGGCAGAGUACGGUGAGUUUAGGGUCACAGGUGACAAAUACACACUCCAUGUUGGCUCAUAUAAUUACAAAAGUACAGCAGGCGAUACACUGACACAUGAGGCUGGAUCUCAAUUCUCAACCAAGGAUCAGGACAAUGACAACAACCAAUGGUCAAAUUGUGCCCAGGAGUUUGAAGGUGCAUGGUGGUUUGACAAUUAUUGUUAUCAUUCCCAUCUCAAUGGCAAAUACACACAGCCUGGCAUUUCUGAAUAUCCUGGUUUACCAUCGAAUUCCUGGUACACAUACAUGUAUAUGACUUCUUUAAAGAAAUGCGAAAUGAAAAUAAAAGAAGCCACAUAAACCUUACACCUUAAUGUUCAAACCCAGGCAAUUUCUCACAAAAGAUUUAAUAACAUGGCUUAACUUUCCACAAAUCACAGUCAAUUUCAGAUUCCUUGUUAUAGGCAAUUGGAAAUCUGUGGAGAUCAACACUUUUCUUUUUUUAAUUCUUUUCCUUG